AUGUGGCAUACCUCAGCUCUUACGACCACUAUCCAAAACCCGCAGUUACGGCUCCUCAACGCUCUCCGCGCUAAUUCUGGACCAAUCAUGACCUUUCUCGGUCUCCCGUCCGCUCGCACAGCUCAGCUGGUAGCUUCCACUGGCCUCGAUGGUGUGAUUAUCGACUGUGAGCAUGGGCAUAUCAGCGAUGAUUCUAUGCAUAAUGCAGUUACCGCUAUCUCUUCCCAAGGAGUCUCUCCACUUGUCCGUCUAAGAAUGACCCACGCGGACUUGAUCAAACGUGCUCUAGAUGCUGGUGCUCAUGGCAUUGUUGUUCCUAUGAUCAAUACGCCUGAAGAUGCCAGGAACGUGGUCCAACACGCCAAGUUUCCUCCCCAAGGUCUGAGGGGACAAGGCUCAGCGUUUCCUGGGUUUGCGUUUGGGGUUGACAUCCCAACCUACAUAGCCACAGCCAACGAGACCCUUCUUACUUGUCUGCAAAUUGAGUCUAAGUUGGGUGUUGAGAAUGUUGAUGCUAUAUGCGCCGUGCCCGGUGUUGGUCCCAACGACCUUGCUCUUUCAAUUCUAGGUUACGCCCCUGCAAAAGGCAAUGAGCCUGAAUUUGUCGACGCAAUUGAGAAAAUUAUAGCAGUAGCUAGGAAGCAUGGCAAAUGGAUUGGCCGCCUAUCAAAUGAUGGGGCUUCAGCUAGGAAGCAUCUAGAGAUAUUCGAUACUGUGGCUCUAGGCUACGAUGUGCGGGCCAUCCAGAAUUGGUAUUUUGCUGAACUGAAGGCUGCACGCUCCCCGCAAUAA